UGUCCGGAAUCGAGGACAGACAUCAGUCGGGUUUCUGCAUGUGCACGAUCACGCCUUCUGCUCACAGUCGUUAAGUAAUGGGUCGUCAAACAAGGAAGAAGUCAAAACGAGAAGAUGUUAAGACCCCAGAGGGAUGUCACCUAUCCCUUGUGGUGGGCAGUGAGCCAGACAACUCCAUCUUGUACAGCCAGAUCUCCUGUCUGACCACUGACCACCAGAUACUCACCUGUAGUCAGGAAGAUGCCUUUGAGAUGUGUAAUAACAGGAGUUAUCUCCUCAUCUGGCUCCUAAUGACCAUGCCGGCUGGUCAAGACAUCCUCAGUCUCACCACGUCAAUCAGAUAUGCCAGCAAAUGCAACAGAGGAACAGUAUUAAUUGGAGUUUCUACUAGCCCUUCUGCUGUUGACCUGCGGCUUCAUGGUAUAGAUGAGGUAGUUAUCCAGCCAGUGUCCACACAGACAAUCCGACAGAAGUACUCAAAAUGGACGUCAGUGGAACUAGUGGCAGAAGAAUCUGGCUGUCUGAAAGACUUGGAUAGCCAUAUCAUCUCCAUGCCGACGACCCCUGCUACACCUUUGACCCCUAUGACCCCUGACACCCCAGUUACUCCAGCAACUCCAGCCUCAGCCUCGGAUGACAGUUCACACUUCAGCUUGUCCCUGGACAGUGGCAUUGAUUCUUUGGUGUCCACUCCUCAGAUGACCCCAGAACAGGUCAGUUGUGCACUCUCCGGACUGACUAGUCUGCAGGCACCAGUCAGUGAACGAAGACAACAAUCCAUUGUUGCUGAUCAUACAACAAAAGAAAAGCUGAGGAGAGAACGUAUCAAAGACAGUUGUGACCAGCUACGGGUCCUACUUCCUUACAUAAGGGGCCGGAAAACUGACAUGGCAUCCAUCCUGGAACUGUGUGUGGACUAUCUUAAGAUUGUAAAUGCAGUGCUUCCUCAACAAUUCCAAACACAGAUUGUAGAUGUUCUGGGUAAAGACAUCUCUCCCUCAGUCGGACGGCCAAAAGGAUCAACUUCCAAAAAGAACAAACGAGGUUCACAGUUUUCAGAAUCUCCCUCCGCCAACCUUGUGUCAUCAACUGUAGAAUCAGAUAAAACUGGAUUUGAUAGUUCUGUACCAAAAACAGACUCUCCUGGGUCAUUCAACUUUUCUAUCGGAGAAACAGAACCAAGCUCUCUGAAGAGAGAGUUAAACAAGACUUUAAAUGAAACAAAACCGAACAAGAGGUUCUGUCCCACAGCCUCUGUCUGACCUUCAGAGUAUGUGCCCGUCCCCGAUACAAGCUCUCCCUUCAUUUGAAAACAUCAGGAUUUCAAGACAGGAAACCACUAGUCUAGAUCAGUCCAACAAUGCAUUUCCCUACCAGUCGAUACAGAUGCCUCACGCCUCCACACUCUAUGACUACGAUUCUACAGUUGGAGGGCGCAACACAUCGCAUGACCCUUUUUCAACAGCAGCAUUUUUUAACCCUUCCAUGUCAACAAAACAAAAUGGUGUGGAUCGCAAUGACACUUUUGGGCUCUUCCUGGACACCCAGUCAUUAUACCAGUACUACGGUAGCGGUAACAUAACGACCACAUAUAACACCAGUCGUACUGCGACGUCACAGGACUACGUCAAUCCGAAUGCCGUCCUCUCUGUGUCCUACCACGAUAAACUAAAACUGGAGGCACAGAAGUAUGAUGACCAGGUAAACAUAGUCACGUCAGCCAACAUUUCACCUGGUCUAUCUCCCACAAACAUCAUCUCCGUGUCCAAAUGAUGGUGUGAACUUCACAGAAAUGGUUGCCGCAACAGAGAUUGCAUUGGUAAGAGCAGAUAAGCUGUUUUUUUUGUGUUGUUGUCUAGGACAGACACAAUUGUGUAUUUUGUCCUGAGAGAACAGAGAGGCUUGAUGUAUUCUCUGUGGAGACAAAACACAUUGUAUGUAAAGUUAGGGUGAACAGCCGAAAAGCAUUUGACACUUUGACAAAUUUAGUACAUGUAUAAUCAAAUGCUAUUCCGCUACAACAGAGUAGCUACAGAUAUGUAGGUGGAGAGUACCUAGGCAGUGCUUAGGUAGGAUACAUGUUUUGUUUCUAAGAGGAACAUAAGCAGGUCACAUAUUAUAUAUUAAUUUUUCUUCAAGAACAAGUAGACUGCAUUUAUUUUUUGACCUCAUUAUAUAGAUCCGGAAGACAGUUACAUUCUCUGAUUCGAGCAGUGGAUUAUUCUAUUACAAUAUCUCAUUUGAAAUGGUUUUACGGUUUCAUAAAUGGUAUAUUUUUUCGGUGUUUGAUGGUAUAAACAUUUUAGUCUUUUUCUGCCCUAAAAGGACACAAAACAGUUCUCAAAUGGUUGAAAUACUAGGCUAACAUUACAGUAGACCAAGAACACAAACAUAAUUGAUGAUAUAUAAGACUAUUUUGUUGUUUUGAUACUAUACAGCUCUAGAGUACAUGUAUGCUGUGUUGUUGACAAUUUUACAAUUCCUUAACAUGUAGUAAAGAUAUUGUUAUAUUUAUAUAUUAAUUUUGAUGUCCAGUGAGAACCACAAAAAACAACUAUCAGUGUGACUAUAUCAGAAAUUGGAUACUGUAAACAUGGUUGUUUUGGUGGGGUUUUAAUUUCACGAGAACAUCAGGUAAACUCUAUGAGUGUGGUUUAUUUCCGCUAUUAAUGUACAUUUGUAUUUAAAGAAAUUGCAUCUAUUUUACAAAUACCACAAACAUCACAAAUAAUAUUAGGGGAAAUUUUCAUGGCGAUGAUCUUCACAUACAUCUAUAUAUUUAGCGUGAAUUUCCAUGCUUACAGAAACUGUUAUAGGUGCUCUGUCAUAACUAGAAGUCAGAUAAAUUAUAUUCUGCUUAAAUUUUAUACAGGAGCCUUUCAUUAUUCAUUUAUUUAUUUGUAUCGUUUUGAGGUAUAUAUUAUUGUUAUAGAUUGUUGCUGUUAUUAUACUUUUAUUUAUAUAUAUUAUAUAUAUAUACAGAAGGUUUCUGUUUACAAACUGAUGCUGUUGUUAUUGAAAUUCUUAUACACUUUAUAUAUAGUUGUGGAUUAUUCAAAAGUGUUUUAAAUGUAUCGGGGUUACCUGAAAAUUCCACCACCAGUGGUUGUAUUAGUACACUAGACAAUUUAUAUACAUCACCCAUCAAAGUUGAUCUAGUCCUGUUUUUCAUCCUUUUAAGUCUUAAAAUAAGUUUGGAUGUUGACCAUUAAAGUUGGAUCAUGUCCGGUAUGUCCAUUAAAGUUGAACCAUGAUGUUGACCAUUAAAGUUGGAUUAUGUCCAGUAUGUCGUCCAUUAAAGUUGGAUCAUGUCCAGUAUGUCGUCCAUCAAAGUUGUAUCAUGUCCGGUAUGUCAUCCAUUAAAGUUGUUUCACGUCCGGUAUGUCGUCCAUUAAAGUUGGAUCAUGUCCAGUAUGUCGUCCAUUAAAGUUGGAUCAUGUCCGGUAUGUCGUCCAGUAAAGUUGGAUCAUGUCCAGUAUGUCGUCCAGUAAAGUUGGAUCAUGUCCAGUAUGUCGUCCAGUAAAGUUGGAUCAUGUCCAGUAUAUCGUCCAGUAAAGUUGGAUCAUGUCCAGUAUGUCGUCCAUUAAAGUUGAACCAUGAUGUUGACCAUUAAAGUUGGAUUAUGUCCAGUAUGUCGUCCAUUAAAGUUGUAUCAUGUCCGGUAUGUCGUCAAUUAAAGUUGGAUCAUGUCCGGUAUGUCGUCCAUUAAAGUUGGAUCAUGUCCGUUAUGUCGUCCAGUAAAGUUGGAUCAUGUCCAGUAUGUCGUCCCUUAAAUUUGGAUCAUGUCCGGUAUGUCGUCCCUUAAAGUUGGAUCAUGUCCGGUAUGUCGUCCAGUAAAGUUGAAUCAUGUCCAGUAUGUCGUCCAGUAAAGUUGGAUCAUGUCCAGUAUGUCGUCCAGUAAAGUUGGAUCAUGUCCGGUAUGUCGUCCAGUAAAGUUGAAUCAUGUCCAGUAUGUCGUCCAGUAAAGUUGGAUCAUGUCCGGUAUGUCGUCCAGUAAAGUUGGAUCAUGUCCAGUAUGUCGUCCAGUAAAGUUGGAUCAUGUCCAGUAUGUCGUCCAGUAAAGUUGGAUCAUGUCCAGUAUGUCAUCCAGUAAAGUUGGAUCAUGUCCAGUAUGUCGUCCAGUAAAGUUGGAUCAUGUCCAGUAUGUCGUCCAUUAAAGUUGUAUCAUGUCCGGUAUGUCGUCAAUUAAAGUUGGAUCAUGUCCGGUAUGUCGUCCAUUAAAGUUGGAUCAUGUCCGGUAUGUCGUCCAUUGAAGUUGUUUUAGUGUCCGGUAUGUCGUCCAUUAAAGUUGUAUCAUGUCCGGUAUGUCGUCCAGUAAAGUUGGAUCAUGUCCAGUAUGUCGUCCCUUAAAUUUGGAUCAUGUCCGGUAUGUCGUCCCUUAAAGUUGGAUCAUGUCCGCUAUGUCGUCCAUUAAAGUUGGAUCAUGUCCGGUAUGUCUUCCAUUAAAGUUGUAUCAUGUCCGGUAUGUCGUCCAUUAAAGUUGUAUCAUGUCCAGUAUGUCGUCCAUUAAAGUUGGAUCAUGUCCAGUAUGUUGUCCAUUAAAGCUGGAUCAUGUCCGGUAUGUCGUCCAUUAAAGUUGUAUCAUGUCCGGUAUCUUAUCCAUUAAAGUUGGAUCAUAUCCGGUAUCUCGUCCAUUAAAGUUGGAUCAUGUCCAGUAUGUCAUCCAUUAAAGUUGUUUCAUGUCCGGUAUGUCGUCCAUUAAAGUUGGAUCAUGUCCGGUAUCUCGUCCAUUAAAGUUUUUUCAUGUCCGGUAUGUCGUCCAUUAAAGUUGUAUAAUGUCCGGUAUGUCGUCCAUCGAAGUUGGAUCGUGUCUUGAAUGUCGUCCUUUAAAGUUGGAUCAUGUCUGGUAUGUCUUCCAUUAAUUUAUGUUCAUUGUUGUGUAGCAUAGUUAACAAAUUAAAGUACAAUUAUAAUCCUAUGUGUUUUGUUUGUGUUGAAUACAAAAUUUGUACUAUUGCCAAGUUUAGCACAUAUUAGUACUACUAUCAUUUAGUACUAUUAAAUCAUUUCCUCGACUUGCACUAUUUCAUCUAGUUAACCCUGGUAUCCUUCUCUGUUGUCAGCACUGUCGCUCUCUUCUCCAGUGAGCACCGGAACUCUUGGUGAACACUGUCGCUCUCUUCUCCAGUGAGCACCGGAACUCUUGGUGAACACUGUCGCUCUCUUCUCCAGUGAACACCGGAACUCUUGGUGAACACUGUCGCUCUCUUCUCCAGUGAACACCGGAACUCUUGGUGAACACUGUCGCUCUCUUCUCCAGUGAGCACCAGAACUCUUGGUGAACACUGUCGCUCUCUUCUCCAGUGAGCACCAGAACUCUUGGUGAACACAAGUACUGGCACUCUUUUUCUUUAAUAAACACUGCUACUCUUUUCUAGCUAGCUCAGUAACACUUUUCAAGAGAUCACUUCCACCUGUGUCAAGAUAUCUCUACAACUCGAGUAAACUUGUAUGAACAGUCCUCGUGUGUUGUCUGUACCACAACCAAACAUAGGGUGAACGUAUUGUGUUUUAUUAUUACUGUUACAGAGAACUUAAAAAAAUUGUCUAUUUUCAUAAGAAUCUUGUUUAUUACAUUGCUUUUCUUGAUAUUUUUAUUCUAUUCUCUAAUUUUUGGAGUUUUGAUUGGUAUUUAUGCAGGUGCGUAAUUGUACAUGUUUCUAGCUUAGGUUUGCUUUAUCACUAGUGUGACACAAACCCAGAAGUUUUCACUGUAGUGAGUGCACAAGUUGACAGUAUUUUUUUCCGCUUUCUUUUAUGUUGAAUUGUAAUUAAUUUUCAAAUGGGAACCUUUUGUUGUAUAAGUAUUUCAUAUACAUUGUAUUAGUCUCUUGGAAACCAAAUGUUUUCAGCAAUAUGUGUGCAAUGUUUUUGUUAAUAUUAUGCAAUUGUUUAUACUGUAUAGUGUGUUCAAAUGAAUAGGAUUGACCCAUCUGAAAGGUCACAGAGGACAGAGGUUAAAUGUUGAACUGCCAAAGUUGAACAGGCCCAGGUU